AUGUCAGCAUCAUUUAACGGUGGUGACUUUGAAGAGACCGGUCUGUUGGAUGACGGCGAUCUGCUGGCCCACGACGAUAGUGAAGUAGCAUAUGACGACGAUGAAACAUUUGGUGAUGUCGGUCCUCUAAAUGACGAAUGGGAACAGAAUCAUACAAAGCUAUCAGAUCAACAUGAACACUUUGUUAGUGAUAAGAAGAUUAGAGAUAAUAUUGUGAGGAAGGAUCUUGGAGCAGAGGAUGACGAUGAAGAGGAUGAGUUGAAUGGCAAUGAUGACGACGACUUUGGACAUCAAUCGAACAAUCAACAGGCGUCAUUCUUCAACCUACCACCACCAAGCCACAACAACAAUGUCACCAAGACACCAACCGGCUCUAGAACCGUCGGAAUGUUCAGCUCACUCUCAAUCAACGACUCUGAGAAUGCAGGCCAUCAGAAUCACCAUCAUCGAGCUCAGGCUGACGAUGAACAAUUGGAGUCAAUGUUCAAGAUGGCAAUGGGCGAGAACUAUAGGCCACCACCUGCUACAAGUGGCAGCCCAAGCAUUAGCCGUGUUGCUCCUCAAUCGCAGCCUUCACCACAGGCUGCUUUCUUUGCACCACCAAUCGUCGCUGCUGCUGCUACUGCUCAACCAUCCUCACCAGCUCAAGCAGUCGUCCCACCAGUGACUGCCGCCCAGCCCACCAUCACCAACGUUCCCCUUACCAAGCUGUUCCAGAUGAGUGCUGCUGAUCAGUCUCUACCAAAAUCGGACACGCUCAAGGGUGCUAUAUCAGUGGAUCAGAUCGAGGCAAAGUUGGAGUCACAGUCCAAAUCACCAAUCACAGAUGAUAGACAUCAGCAUCAGAAUCAGCAACAGCAAAGAUACAAUAACAGACAACAUCGCAACGAUCAGAGGAUUGACAGGGGCAUGCCACUGGGCAACUUUAUGGCUGGUAACGCCGAUGUCCAGCGACAGCUGCAACAGAUCAGAGAUCACGAGAUUGCCACCUCACCAAGCGGCGGCAGCGGUGUCAGCGGCGUCUCGUCGGGCAAUCACAGUCCAAGACAGCAGCACCACCACCAUCAACAGUCGAAUGGCAAGUCACCAAAGCCAGCAUCAUCGCUCCAAGACAAGAAAUACAUGACAGCCGAUGAGAUCCAGAACAUUCAUCGACUCCAGACAUACCAAAUCCAUUUCACCAACCCUUACAUCGAAGACUACUACUGUCAGAAGUUGAAGAUUAGUCAGCCAUCAAGCUACACUCAUACUCCAAUAUGUGACUCUUUGCCAAAGACUAUUAUGCCAGCGAGGCCACCACGUCAGGUGGACCCACUCCUGGGUUCAUUGGGACGUAUCCCAUCACACUCUAUUCGUGCGCCAAGACCAAUAUUGCAGAUCAUCCUCGACAAGGAAGAUAAUGAACAAUAUGACAAGACUGUCCAAUCAUCAGACCAGACGAUAAAGUUAGCGAUCGAAUCAUCCUACAAUCACUUGUUGGACUUGGAGGACAUUGACACAUUGAUCAAGGACCCACAGUCCAAAGAGUUGCUGGCUGAGUACCAGACAAAGCGCGAGCAGAUCUCGCUAGAGUUGUUCAAAUCGUUGCACCUGGACCAAUUCCCAUGCUUCAAGAGCGAAUCACCUCAGCUGCCACAACAGCUGCCGGACCAGAAGUGGCCCUCAGUCUGUCCCGAGGACCUGCUGUUUGUGUCGCUGUGGGUCAUUGGCAAGGGACGCAAGCUGCUGAGCCGCGCAUUCAUGUCAUUGACGCCACAACAGUCCGUGUCGGGACUGUUUGCCGUGUGCCGCAACCUUCCCCUGCUCUUGCUGUUGCAUUUGCCCGAGGGAUCAGAGGCUGCCACUGGCCACAUAUACAGCAUAGUCGCACGCUGGAUCAUGAUGGUGCCCGUGCCAUUCUUCACGCGCGCCUUCCACUUCCUCGUCACGUUCAACCAGUCGCAGUUCAUCGUGAAGCUCUUCCAGUCGCCCUACGGCAUCACCAUCAUCGACCAGUUCCUCACACGUGGCUACCUGGCAAUGAUGAACAACGAGUUUGAUCAGGUCAACCAUAUGCAAUGGGUCGAGGUCUUUGGACGCUUCUUCCAGCGCUGCUGUGGAAACUUUAGCACCAUCUUCCCAUCGCCCAAGUCGGCACGUGCUGCCAAUCACAGCCAACAAACAAUGGCACAACUGGCCAACAUCCACGGACUCAUUCAGCAACACUCCAACGAUUCACAAAGGAAUACCUUACAUCUAGAGCUUCAUUCAGAUUACUCUAUAACAAUGUAA